AUGGCAUCAAAAACUCAUAUUCUAGCACUCCCUUUUCCUCUGCAAGGUCACAUUAAUCCUAUGCUACAAUUAUGCAAAACCUUAAUCACCAAAGACAUUCGUGUUACACUAGUCACAACUGUUUCCAUCAGUUCAUCGCUACAAGUCCAAGCCUCCACCACCAGCAACCUCAUUAAUAUCGAGACAAUUCCCGAUUCCACCCCCACCAGUGAAGGGGACAUCUAUCAGGUCUUUAUCGACAACUUUAAAGAAUCAAUCACUCAGGGAUUGCCUCGACUCAUCGAAAAACAUAAGCAGUCGAGCUACCCUUUGAAAGCCAUUGUGUAUGAUUCGGUGCUUCCAUGGGCUUUGGACAUAGCUCAUCGGCUAGGCCUCAAAGGGGCAGUACUUUUUACACAGCCCUGUACUGUUUGCUCAAUCUUCUAUCACAUGAAACAAGGGACACUCAAGAUUCCUACUGAAGACGAGGGCUCUGUUAUAAUGUUGCCUGCUAUGCCACCACUCAGAUUAAAAGAUUUGCCUUCUCUUCUAUACGACAUGGGCGCGUAUACAUCUCUUCUUAAUCUUCUUAUAGAUCAAUUCUCAACUUACCGGAAUGCAGAUUGGCGCUUGUUUAACACUUUCGACAAGCUUGAAGAUGAGAUAUUGAGAUGGAUUGCAAGCGAAAGUCCGAUUCUGACAAUAGGUCCGACUAUUCCACCGUUGCACACAGACGACAAUGAAUAUGGCCUCAGCCUGUUCAAGCCAGAUGCUGAAGCUUACUUGAAAUGGCUGGAGACAAAAGAGAAUAGCUCCGUAGUGUACAUUUCAUUUGGAAGCUUAAUCACCCUCGGAGAAAAGCAAAUGGAAGAAAUAGCCCGGGGAUUGGUCGAAAGCAACUGCUUCUUCUUAUGGGUAGUUAGAGCUUCCGAAGAGAGCAAGCUUCCGAGAGAUUUUGUUUCGGAGAAAGGUCUAAUAGUGAAUUGGUGUUCCCAGCUUCAAGUAUUGGCUCACCCAGCGGUGGGGUGCUUUGUAACACAUUGUGGGUGGAACUCGACUCUUGAAGCAUUGAGUUUGGGAGUGCCUAUGGUGGCUAUGGCUCAAUGGACAGAUCAAACGACUACGGCCAAGUUAAUUGCUGAUGUAUGGCAAAUAGGGAUCCGUACUAAGGCCGAUGAAAAUGAUAUUGUAACAAAGGAAGAAAUUGCAGGAAGUAUAAAAGAAAUAAUGCAAGAAGAGAGAGGAAAUGAGAUUAGAAGAAAUGCCAGAAAAUGGAAGCAACUGGCAAAAGAAGCAAUCAAUGAAGGAGGAAGCUCACACAAGAGUAUUACAGAAUUUGCAAUCCAACUUUCAAGAAGUUGA